GUUUAAAAUAGCGACGCCUAGGCGAGCCUAGGCGUGAGGCGAGGUCAAAACUGGGUUUCUCGCCUUGAGGACCUGAGGCGAGGCUAAUUCAUGAGGCGCACGCCUCUUCACGCCUUGCACGCCUUGCACGCCUCAACGUCUCAACGCCUCAACGACUUGUAGUUAACGGUAAGAUUAUUAUUUCUAAUUUAUUUGCCUACUUAAAACAAGCAAUUAUGAUUAAUAUAAAAUAUUUAGUUUCUUUUUAUGUUUCCAAAAAAACAUUCACCUAAAAUCUAAUUUAAUGACUUAACAUUUUGAUAUAUGGUCACGCUUGACGCUUCUCUUUCUUUUACGUCUGUCUUGUUCUGAGACAAGAGUCUCUAAAUCUUCUGCUUCUUCUUUCUGCUCUCUUUCUCCUAAUCUCCCACUCUUCUCUUAUCACCAUGUCAACUCCUUCUAAACAACUUGAUCCAGCACACAAAUAUGCAACACCUGAUCCUAAGAAGUAUGGCUGUUUUCAUUGUAACUUUUGUGGUAAAAUCACAAAUGGUGGAGUCUCACGUGCUAAACAUCAUCUGGCUGGAGGCUACAAUGACGUAACUCUCUGUCCCAAGGUUCCAGAUCACGUGAAUGAAGAAGUUAAAACUUUCUUGAAAGGCAAGCAAGAUGCAGUGAAAGCCAAAGCCAGUGUCCGAAUGAUGGAACCAGCCUUUGGUUAUGAUGAUGAAGAAGAUGACGUUUACCCAACUCAGCCUAACUUGAAGAAGCGUAAGGGUCCUAUGGACAGGUUUGUUGCUCCAACUCCCCCUGAUGUCUUGAAAGGAAGAAAAGAUAGAAAAGAAGUUUUUGGAGGAGUAUCUGAUAAAGAAAGUAGAGACAAAGCUUGUAGAGCUAUUGAGAGAUGGUUCAUAGAUGCUGGAAUUCCUUUCUAUGCUAUUACUUAUGACAGUUUCAAAGAGGUGUGUGAGCUUAUAGGGCAAUAUGGUUCUGGUUUUAAACCACCAAGCAUGUAUGAACUGCGAGUGCCUCUCUUGAAAAAAGAAGUGGAAGAAGCUGAGAAACAGUUGGUGGAAUACAAAGCUGAUUGGGUUGCUAAAGGUUGUUCAAUCAUGUCGGACGGAUGGCGCGAUUCAGUGGUUCAAAAAGACAUCAUCAACUUCCUUGUCAACUCUCCAAAAGGAUCUGUUUUUCUGAAAUCAGUUGAUGUUUCAGAGGUUGUGAAAGAUGCAAAUCUGCUCUUUAACAUGCUUGACAAUGUGGUGGAUGAAGUUGGAGAGUCUAACGUCGUCCAACUUGUUACUGACAAUGCCUCAAAUUAUAUUAAAGCUGGGAAACUUCUAAUGGCUAAGAGACCACAUCUAUAUUGGUCUCCUUGUGCAGCACACUGCCUUGAUCUCAUGCUAGAAGAUAUAGGUCAGAUUCCUUCAAUUAAAGCUGCAAUAAAAAGCAGCAUCUUCAUGAAUGGCUACAUCUACACUCGUCCGACUAUGGUAAAUACGAUGAGAAGAUUCACAGGCGGUGGAAAUUUACAUAGACCAGCAGUCACUCGGUUUGCAACGUCAUUCAUCACACUUUCAUCGUACUACCGCCAGAAGAACAACUUGAGGAAGUUUGUAAAUUCUCAAGAGUGGAUUGAUUCAAAGUGGUCAAAGGAAUUAGGAGCAAAGAAGGUGAAGCAGAUUAUUAUGCAGGACAGCUUCUGGAGAAAUAUUCUUUAUGCACUAGGCUUGACUACCCCGUUAGUUAAAGUUCUUCGACUGGUAGAUGGAGAGAAAAAACCAGCUAUGGGGUACAUUUAUGAAGCAAUGGACAGGGCUAAGGAAACCAUUGCACAAACCUUCAACCAUAGAGAAGAUCAGUACCAGCGUGUCUUUGAAAUAAUAGAUGAGCGAUGGAACUGUCAACUCCACCAGCCGUUGCAUGCUGCUGGUCACUUUCUGAAUCCUGAAUUUCAGUACAAAGGACCUGAGGUGAAUUGUGAAGAAGUUAUGAAAGGUUUAUACGACGCCAUUGGGAGGCUGGUUCCUAAAGUUACAACUCAAGAUGUGAUACUUAAGGAGCUAGAACAAUUUAAGAAUGCUUCUGGACUGUUUGGCCAUCCCAUGGCGAUAAGACAAAGGGCAACAAAGGCGCCAGCAGAGUGGUGGUGGUCUUAUGGAGCAUCUACUCCAACACUUCGGGACUUUGCGGUUAAGGUUCUUAGUCUCACGUGUAGUGCAACCGGUUGUGAGAGGAAUUGGAGCGUGUUUCAGCAUCUCCAUACUAAGAAAAGGAAUCGUUUGACUCAAGAACGGUUGAACAGCAUGGUCUUUGUUAAGUACAACCGAGCUCUGAAACGCCGUUACGAUUUGAAAGACACGAUUGAUCCUGUCCUUUUAGAUGAAAUUGAUGACUGUAACGAGUGGCUAGUAGGAAGAAUGGAAGGAGAUGAUUCUGAUGAGCAUGUUGAUCUAGUGUAUGGAGAUGAUGAUCUCACAUGGGAAAUGGUUAGCAGAGCUUCUGGAGCUGAGGAGCCUAGUUACCCUACUAGAGGAUCUUUAAGUAGGAGUGAAAAAGGAAAGAAUUCAGCUGCAAGCUCAACUCCAAGCCAAAGAGCUUCCCAAAGGCCAUCAUCAUCAUCAUCUCCAUUGGUGUUGAUUGAUGAGGAUGAUGAGAAUGAAAUUGAAGAAGAUGUUGGAGAUGUGGGGAAUGUGUUAGCGGAAGAGGAUCAGUACAAUCAGUACGAGAACUUUCAGGAGUUGGACUUUCAGAUUUGAAGUUUGUUUCUGAGUUUAUUUGUUUCUGAGUUUAUUUUUAUGACUUUGUUUUGAAGACUGAAGUUCUGUUUGUUUCUGUUUGUUUCUGAGUUUUAUGAUGACGUUUUUUUUUACUCAGUUAUUUUUUCUAUAAGAUUUGAACGUUUAAUUGCA